GGGGUCAGGAGCCGUGGCCAGGGGUGCCAGACACCAGCCCGGCCGGCUCUCCGUCCCCCCUCACCAGGCAGGCAGGGCAGGCAGGAUGCGGCCAGCUGUACUCCAUCAUCACCCUGCUGCCUGUCCCCAGCCAGGCCAUCGCCGCGUCCUACUCCUGUCCCCAGCACAGCAGUCGAUAUCCCAGCGGGGUCGAGCCAAGCGCGCUGACGGCAUUGCCGAGCCGGGAGCAUCCGCUGCAUCCCUCACCCACGGGGUGCCGGUGGGGACCCCCCGGCCGCAGCACCCCCAUCCCGCAGCUCUGCCCUGCCGGUGGCAAGGUCACGGGGACAGGCGAGCAGUGAGGUUGCAGUGGCUCUGCCACCACCCCAGCGCCGGGGACACUUCUCCCAACACCCUGCCAGUGGCCGUGGACUUUGUGCUGAGUGUGGGAGCGGCGGUAGUGACGGUGACGCGUCUGCUGGUGCCGGCAGAACCCAAAAUCACCUGCAAGACCUGGCUUCACACAGCAGUACUCUAGUGGCUCUGCAGUGACUGGGAGGGACCAGGGACCUGCUGGUGGCCUGUGACAGGACAGGACUGGGCAGUGACAGCAGGGCUGCCAGGAGCCUUGGGGCCUCAUCAGCACCCAUCCUGACAGCGCUGGCACCCAGCGAGGAGCUGGUGGCACCGUCAUGUCCCAGACAGAAGGAGGCGAGGAGACCUUUGAAUACUGUGAUGUGGUCAUCAACAGCCAGGAGAAGGUUUCAGAUGUGUACACACAGCUGGAGAAGCUGGGAGAGGGAAAAUUUGGAACAGUGUAUCGGCUGCAGGAAAAAGCCACUGGCAAAAUCCGGGCUGGGAAAUACUUCCGGGCGCGGACGGCUAAAGAGAAGCAGGCAGCUCGGUCUGAGGUGGAGCUCAUGAACCUGCUGCAUCACCCGCGCCUCGUGCAAUGCCUCGCCGCCUUCCAGGGCCCUGCUGAGCUGGUGAUGGUGAUGGAGUACGUGGCAGGUGGGGAGCUCUUUGAGCGCAUUGUGGACGAUGACUUCGAGCACACGGAGCCCAGCAGUGCCCAGUACAUGCGGCAGAUCCUGGAGGGGCUGCAGUUCAUGCAUGGCCAGGCUGUCGUCCACCUUGACCUCAAACCCGAGAACAUAGUCUGUGUCAGCCCCGGUAGCCACUGGCUCAAGAUCAUUGACUUUGGCUUGGCGCGGAAGCUGGCUCCAGACACCCCUGUGAAGGUGUUGCAUGGCACCCCUGAGUUCAUGGCUCCAGAAGUAGUCUCCUUUGAGCCUGUGGGCUUCUCCACGGACAUGUGGAGUGUUGGCGUCAUCUGCUACAUCCUGCUGAGCGGGGAGUCCCCCUUUCAGGGGGACAACGACAUGGAGACGCUGAGCAACAUCACAGCUGCCCAGUGGGACUUUGAGGAGGAGACCUUCUCGGAGAUCUCCCAGCAAGCCAAGGACUUCAUCAGCCAACUGCUGCAGAAGGACUCCCGCCACCGACUCUCCAGCGAGGGGGCUCUGCUGCACCCCUGGCUGCAGCAGCCCCAGCCCAGCAGCACCAAGGCACUCUCAAAGGAGAGGAUCAAGCAGUUCCUGAGUCGUCGGAAGUGGCAGAAAACAGGCAAAGCUCUGCUGGCCCUCAACAGGUUGACCCUGCUGUCCCAGUGCCCAGAGAGGAAAGCAUCAGAGGCUCAGGAUGAAGAAGACCUGGGCUGCAGCCCGGAGGAGGGCCAAGCCUCCAGGUCUCUGCCCCACCGAGAUCCCAGCUUCUCGGAGCUGCUGACAGACCGAGAGGAGGAGGAAGGUGGGCACAUUGCGGCUCCAGGGGAGGCAGAGAGUGUCGUCAGUGUGGCUGUGCCACCCCAGCCCUGGACCACCUAGAGCAGCUGGUGAGAGAGGACCAGGGAGUAUGGGCAUGAAACCUCCUCCAGCAGCACAUGUGAUGACCCGGCUGGCCUGGGGUUGAUCCAGACCCUGGGGCUCCCCUCUCCUGUGGGGGAGCUCUGGGGUCCCACGGUGUCCCUGUGCUGGUGUGGGGACACCCAUGCCUGUCAUCCCAGCAGAGAACAGUGCUCCUGUCUGCAUGGCUGCCUGGGCUUGAGCUGUCACCAAUAAAGCACCAAGUAU